CUUACGAGGUACAAUCUUGUCAGCAACGAAGGAAGCUCUCCGAGAAACAGAUCCAUCGGAACAAUAUUUAAACAGACCUCAAAACCCUCUUUUCUUCAAAACUGAAAACAAUGCUAAUGAAACAGAAUACUACCAUCAGGAUAAUGAACACGGUCUGAGUCACGCACUUAAGAAAAAACCCGCUGAAUCCUAUAAGGAAACUGCGGUUCAGAACUGUGAUCCUGGGCCUGAUUUAACUACCUAUCAUUCUGAGACUGUGAAACUGAGAGGUUCAAUAAUUAGACCAGCAAUGCUUCAACAAACAUCCAGGACAUACGAGCCCAUAUUGGAGUUCCCAGACGUGCCAGAAGGGGGGAAGUUCCAUAUCAAGGAGUUAGAUCUAUCCGAGGGCGUCUUCGUCUUCGGUUACAUCAGCAGUUUUCUCUCCUGGAUACAACCCUACGAGUUCCCAGUCGAACUUUUGAGAGAUGCCCUUUGGAAUGGCGUAUCGGUGGGCGAAUUUAUCAUUCAGUCCCUGCAGGUGGAGGCUGCGUUCAUCGUGUGCCUGACGGUAGGAGUUCUUCUGGCCCUCGGGGCGCCAUGCAUCCUGGGAACCCACGCCUGCUACCGUAUGCUCAACUCCAGGCGAGACACCGGGAGAACAGAAGAUUCUUCCGAUGACACAGCGAAUUGCCGAAGAUGCUCUCUGAUGCUUGCUAUGCAGCUCACCUCCGUUCUUCUCGUUGUGGGCAUCGUGUCAAUGUUUGUGACGAACGAGCAGCUGACGCGUGCGGUGGACCUGACGCCAAACGUCGUGCACACGGCAUUCAAUGACGUCACAACGUUUCUGCACAACUCGCACCAGCAACUACGUUUCGUCAUCACCAAGUCUCUGGACCAUUCGGUUGCCGUCAUUAACAAUGAUCUCGACAAUGUGGAAGAACUUCUUGGUCGCCCUAUACAGGAAGAAUUGGCCAUGGAGACUGGAACAGAUGUAGCAUUGGAUGCACUCAUAGAUGUCAGCACAGAAGCGAUAGUCAUGUCUGAGAGGGUGAAAGCGCUGCUGACGUCAUGCGCCGAAACGCUAGAGCUCGUUGCCGAGACUCGGGAGCGUCUGGCUGACCUGAACCUGCAGGUGGAUGUCUUCCGCCUUCAGUGCCCCUCAAGAUACCGACCCCUGUGCGACACCGUGGAUACAGGGGGACUCGACGUGAGGCUCCGCCUAGAUGCCCUGGUCAGUGAUGACAGACUGGCGAAGAUCAAGGGUCUCGGGGACGGCAAUUUGUCCCUGGAAACGCAGCAAGCCCGUGGACAAUUCCAUUUCAUUCCUCAACGAGUAGAGAAAGAGACUAGGAACGCGCGGAACGGCGUUAAACGACAACUAACAAGGCAGAAGGAAGUUCUGUACGACUCUAUCUGGUCCUUGGACGUCAUAACGCGAGACAUCGCUUAUAAAUCAGAAGAUGCGCGAAAUAAGGUGCUGCAGAUAGCCAAAGAAAUAUCCACAAUCGAUCAGUGGCGCUGGUUUAUAGGAUUCGGUUCCGCGAUGUCGGUUACACUCGUCUGGUUGCUGCUCGUCUAUGGUAUCAGCUGUGGUUGUUGCGGAUCACAGAAACGAGCGACCCACAUUUUGUUAGCAUCUGUGGUACUGAUGUGCAUAUUCUCUGUGGCACUGUGGGGGGUCGCACUGGGGGCCCUAUUUGUAGGAGGUCAUGGCGAAGUGUUUGUGUGUCGUCCCCUGUAUGACGAGCCAGAGUUUAGCACUCUGACUCACCUUGUGGACCAACCCAGUGUGCUGUUCCAGAAAGGUGGUGGGUUCUUCUCGAACCUCCUUUAUGGCAACAGCACCAUGGAUGUUCCAAUUCGAGAUGUGCUACAAAAGUGCAAGAAGAAUGGGUCCGCAUACUCAACAUUCAGACUGAAGCAGGUGUUUGACAUGGAUGCAGCAACCAACCACAAAAGAUGGGAUUUAAUGCAUGCAGAACUGGAACGCCUACAUGUAAACCUAACAAACCUGCAGCUCCUCACUCCAGGUCUACAGUACCAGUUGCAGGCACUCUUGCAUGCCACCACUGUUAAUCUUACCAACCAUCGCACCCAGAUGUCAGGACAAGUGACUGGUAAGGACCUCUCAUCUUUUGCGGAUCAGAUGACGAGUGUGGCCAAUCAGAUCACAGACAUGUCCACACUGUCCAGACUGGACACACUUGCCUCUACAACACGUCAGCUGGUGAUCAGCCACAUUCAACCUCUGGAACGACAUAAGGUAGAUCUGGUGUACCAGCUGACUGCUCUGGAAAUGAAAAUGGUACCUCUUCAAAGACAAGUGAACCAGUCAUUAUCCCACCUCAAGACAAUACAGUAUUUCAUCAAUAAUCAAGGCAGCAACAUUGCAUAUGAGAAAUUUCAGGACUACAGAAGACGUCUAGUGAGCUAUGUGGACCAAUACAGGACACAUGUAUUGAACAUGACACAAUUGAAUGUAGCCUCCUGUCAACCUGUCUGGAACUUAUACCAAGCUGCAAGACUCUUCUUCUGCCGACACAUAAUGGAUCCCUUGAAUGGGUUCUGGUUUGCAACGGUUUGGUGUUUACUACUCUUCCUAACUGCCACUUCACCCUGCCUUAAGCUAAUUGACCACUACAGACACCUCAGACAAAACAACAUUUCCGAAAGCCCAUCAGAAACUCUAAUGAUUUCUGAACAAGGAACAUCUUGGACAACUCCUGGGGAUCCUGAACCAGAUGGCUGGUAG